UUAAAAAUAAACCAAAAUACUGAAGCACAUGUUUCGCAGAUAUUCAAAACAUUAACUCGACACUUUUUCUAAUAAGUCCAAAAUAAAUUUUAAAAACCCUCUAUUUCUAUAACUAUAAAACAAAAUGAAUAAAAGAACUCUUACAUUUGUAACAGGAAAUGUAAAAAAGUUGGAAGAGGUAAGAGCUAUUUUAGGGAACAAUUUUCCAUUGGAAGUUGUAAGUCAUAAAUUAGACUUACCAGAGUUACAAGGAGAAAUAAAUGAAGUAUCAAUUAAGAAAUGUCAAGAAGCAGCCCGCCUUAUAAAUAGGCCAGUAUUUAUCGAAGAUACAAGCCUCUGUUUCAACGCUUUAAGAGGCCUUCCUGGUCCUUAUAUUAAAUGGUUUCUAGAUAAAUUAGAACCAGAAGGCUUGCAUAAGCUACUAACGGGAUGGGAAGAUAAAUCGGCAGAAGCGGUUUGCACAUUUGCGUAUAGUUCAGGCAAUAGUGAUGAUGAUAUUGUUAUUUUUCAAGGAAUAACCAAAGGAACUAUAGUUCCACCAAGAGGUUCUAGAGAUUUCGGAUGGGACUGCAUUUUUCAGCCUUAUGGUUAUGAUAAAACAUAUGGAGAAUUACCAAAAGAGGAAAAAAACAAAAUAUCCCAUAGAUACAAAGCAUUAGAUAAAUUAAAGACUUAUUUCAUAGAAAGGAAUGGACAAAUAUCAUAAUCACAGUGUAUUGUAUGUAUAAUGUUACUCAAUUAAAUAAAUAAAUGUUACAAUUGUU